AUGUAUACACUGACUGUAGUGAAAUGCCUUUUUUCAGCUGAAAGAGGGCAAGCUAGUGCGACAAAAGUCACCAGAUCCACCAGCGAAGAGUUUGGGAAGCACAGCGACAGCUCUUUUCUAUGCCGUCAUAUUUCGAGCAUUCAGGGUCGAGGCACGGAUCGCAGACCAGACCUUUCCAAUCGCGGCCCUUCAAUAGCUACCACGAACGGUAGUGGAUCGGCUCGACGCCCAGUUGCUUCACUAUCUACUCCAGCAACAUCGCAGAAGAACAGGGAGGUUCCACGCCGGGCGCCAUCCCCUCCUAUUUCAUCGAAGCCGCUGAAGCGCUCAUCUCGUGUCGCUCAACGUAGAGAGGAACUAACGAGUGAAUCCGAAUCGAGCCCAGAAAGGCCUCCGCGAAAGGUGUCUGCCAAAGCGCCUGCCCCUCCAAAUAAGGUUGGUGUGAUGGAGCUUCACUGUCGUCAGAACGUGUCAGUGCCUGUUGGACGGCCGCCAACGAAACGUGCAGCAGCUGCCAUUAGCACUUCCAAAAACCGUCGUGUAAUGUCAAGUGAAGAAAGUGAUGAGGAAGAACCGGUCACGGUGCCUGACUUGGUUAGUGUUAUUCCAAGAAAUUGA